UAAACGCAAUAUAGUCUCCUAUGUGAACAAGACAACCUCGUCCCAUUUUAAGAAGUGUGUUCUGUUGGGGAUUUUGUUCUUCCCUUUUGUCGAUUAAUAUACUAAAAUAAAGGGCUUGAAUCAAAUGGCAAGAGGGGAUGAUGGGUCUGGAAAAGAGGGCGGGGGUUUUAAGCUUUUUGGGGUGGAGAUAAAUUUUGGACAUGAAUUGAACAAAAAAUCUGGUGAUGAAUCUGGGAAGGUUCAGAAGAAGAGGGGCCAUGAUGAUGAUGAGGGUGGUGAAAGUGAUCGCUUGAGGAAGAGUAAAAGUGUGGGGAAUUUACAUGAGAUGGGGAAUCACAGUGGUGGAGAGGGCGAUGCUGAUGCUAAUGGUGGUGAUGGUGCUGUUGGUGGUGGUGGUGGUGCUGAUGAUUCGGGCUAUCAUUCUGAUGGUGUUCUUCAUGUGAAUUCUCGGAGGGCUGCUCAUAUGCGUCGAAAGGGGACACCAUGGACCCAAAGUGAGCAUAGGGCAUUCUUGCUUGGUCUUUCAAAGCUAGGAAAAGGAGAUUGGAAAGGGAUAUCAAAGAAUUAUGUGCCCACCAGGACACCAACUCAAGUUGCAAGCCAUGCUCAGAAGUAUUUUAUUAGAAUGACAACUGCUGAGAAGAAGAAUCGUCGAGCAAGCCUUUUUGACAUUCCAUUUAAUGAAUCGAAUUUACCUCCCCACACUCCUGCUGCUCCCUUUACUGCUUCAGAAAAUUCUCAACAGGUUAUUAGCUCUGCUGUUGCUCCUCCAAGGAGGACUACUGACAUCCAUGGACUGGAGUGGUCAUCAGCUCAUACUGCGGCUUCUGAGAAAAAGCCCCCACUUGCACCCAUGAGUAGAAAUUUUGUUCAGGACACAGGUCAUAUGUCAUAUAUGUCUGCAGUGCCUGGACGGAGCUUUCCUGCAGCCCCUGUUAUGCCACAAGCGGAACUAUAUCCGAUGAUGAAUCAUACGAUUACUCAGUACCAGAACUACUACUAUGUCCCAAGCAGUCAUGGGAAUUUCCCUGCGCCUAUCAUGAAUCAGAAGUCAAAUGGUGUCUUCCUUCAGCCUUAUCCCCCAGUUCUUGUAACAUCUCAAGCUCUUCCAGCAACUCCAGCUGGCGGAAGUUUUGCUUCUUCUGCAUCGCUCCCAAAUUAUUAUCAGCCUGUAACAGGUCCACCAACUAGUUUUGCUGCUUGUGCACCUUUCCCGAAUCAGUAUCCAACUGCAAAUGGUCCAGGAACUAGUUUUGCUGCUUGUGCACCUUAUCCGACUGCAAAUGGUCCGGCUACUAGUACUGUUACCAAAAGAGAUGCUCUGGAAGCUGGAAUUGGAACUCUGUCCUUGAAAAUCUAAACAAUUUUCUGUGUUUCAUUCUGAUGUUAUCAGUUGAGGGAACUAUGGUUUCAAAUCUGCAGGGAGAACUCAAAUAUUUAUUCAUUUCUCAACCAUUAGCUCUUAUCUAACAGAAAGGCCAUAGCUCCCUCCAAUAGACAAUCAGCUCCAAGAUUUUGUGUUUUCUCCAGUUAUUGGUUCAGAGAUUGUAUCUUGAAAACUAAUUUCUCUGUUCUGCAUUGACUUAUAGAUUUUUGUUUCACAUAGACAAAUUUAUUACAUUUUACUUGUCUUUUAAGACAAAAGUUCUGCAAACUUUUGAAUUUUGGUUCUGUUCUUUUCUGAUUAUGAAUCUUUGAACAAGAUUUUCCAGCC